AUGGAAAAGCCUGCCGAGCAGUCAUCCAGCGGCGCUUCCACUCAACGUGCGGGUUUUCGCAACGUGGAACGGCAGCAUCAACAGACCCGGAAGUUGCAAAUUGUGUUGGUAAUGGAUCGAAAGAUGCCCAAAUUUUCGAAACAACGGGAACAAGCGUGUGCCGAUGUUGAGAAAGUCGCAAAAGCGUUGAAAUGCAAUCUACAGGUAUGAAAAAAUUCAAUUCUAGUGUCAUUUCUUGUCGAAAAAUUCAAACUAAAGAAUCAUCGGCAGUCUUGGCAUUCUGUUUCAAGCUUAAUUUUGAAUGGAAUUUGGUAUAAAAUUGCGUGGAAAAAACGUCUUAAACUGAUUCUGCAGCCUCAAAAACCAUUUUAAACGCUUUUUAGAGUCUUGAAACAGAAUGCCAAAAAUGGCGGGAAAACAUAAAUUUAAAUUUUUAGGCAAAUUCAGAUCCAAAAUCACAUAAUUGGUGGUCUGUAAAUUUUUUAAAACCUAUUUAAUUUAAAAUAUUAACUUUUUUCAAUAUUUCAACACGCUUUUUUCAGCUAAUCGAGUUCGAUCCGUUGGACUUCGGCGAAACCAAAACCUUGGACACAUUUUACAACGCCGACGUGGCUCUGGUUGAUUUCACAAUGACCGGUCAAAUUUCCAGCCUCUGUUAUCAUGUGGGAGUGCGCGAAUCCAUGGGUCAAAUGUACAACAUCAUAAUCAUGUACAUGUAUGACGAGACAAUGAAUCAACGGGUCGAUCCAUUGAAGGUAAAAUACGACCUGUUAAAUUUCGAUUCUUUUGUUUUCAGACCACUCUAAAUAAUCUCCAACUUUUGGCCUACUUCCAAGGCAAGGAUGGGACGUUACUCUGCGCCGACAAAACGUCCAACGGCUUCCGAGAUUUCGAUCCCAGAAAUAGUGAACGGCAAGUUCAUAUUUUUAAAAUGUUUCCGAUGGAGACAACUCGUAUUUUACCCAAAACUAUUUUUUUUCAGAUAUCAAAAUAUGAAGUCGCGGGGUCUCCAGACAUUCGCUGAAGCCGUUAAAACCGCACUGACGAAUGUCCAAAUCGAGGCAAAUGCUCAUGCCAAGGAGAAAUUUUUGAGUGAUCUGCGAAAAGUCCGGGAAAUGGAGGACCCAAACGAAGCCAACCAAUUCUUGGAGAGAAUGAGAAGCCGCUUGGACAAUCCCGAUGUCCUCAAUCUGGACACUGUCUGUCAGAUGUUGCUGAGCUAUCGGUAAGCCGGGGUGACUUUCUUUUUUCGAUUUUUUUGGUGUUUUAAGGCCUUGCAACAGAAUGCCAAAAAUGGCGUAGCUGAGUUCUUUGAAUUUUUUUCUUAUUUGCUGUAUAUUUCUGAACCUUUCAUUACGAAACCUAGCGAUGCGGAAUGAAUUAGCGCGUUUUACAGACCCAUUUUUCAGUGACACCCAAAACUACGACGCGAUGAUCAACUUGAUCGAGGACCUCGAAAAGGUCAACCAGCAUCAAAUCGUUCACGCACAACCAGUCUGGUUUCUCUAUGCAUUCGCGUUGAAUCGGCAAGUCCAUCCAAAGCCUGGACGAACCCCCAAAUUUAAUUAUUUUAGUCGAAAUCAACCGGGAGAUCGCGAUAAAUGCAUCGACAAUGUCCUCCAGAUUAUGGAGAAGUACAAGGACACAGUUUCGCCGGAUGUGAUCUGUCUGGCGGGCCGUGUCUACAAAGACCGCUUCAUUUCGUCCAAUUACGAGGACAAAGAGGCCUUGGAGAAAGCGAUCGAAUGGUAUCGAAAGGCGUUCAACGUCUCGCCUUUGGAGUAUUCGGGAAUCAACCUGACCACGAUGCUGAGGGCGCGCGGAGAGCAAUUCGAACAUAACGUCGAAAUGCAACGAGUCGGUAAGGAUAUUUUAGCAACAACCCACGACUUAUCAAAGCUCCUUUUCCCUAACUUUUUCCUCUAUUUUCAGCGGUUGUUUUAAACUCCCUGCUCGGCCGAAAGGGCGCUCUGACCAACAUGAACGAAUAUUGGGAUGUGGCCACCUUCUUCGAGGUCUCGGUUCUGGCCGAGGACUACAAUAAGGCUUGUCAAGCGGCCGAGAAAAUGGCCAUGCUCAAACCGCCCACAUGGUUUUUAAAGUCGACCAUGGAGAAUAUCAAACUGAUCAGCCGAUGUGCCGCGUCCUGCUCGCCUAUUGAAAAGGAGAAACAGACAUUUGUAUUUUGGACGGAGUUCUUCAUGGAGGCUAUCGAAGGGUUCUCGAAUACCACGUCAAGAUUCCCAGUGCUCAUUCAGGAGGUGAACAAGGUAAAAAUUUGACGUACUCCUCAUGAAUAACGUUAAAAAAUCGGAUUUGACCAAAAAUAAUAUUAUAACUACUAUUUCUAAGAAAUUUUUUUAAUUCUCUGGCUACUAGCAGCUCUUCUGACAGUUGAAACAGAAUGCCAAAAUGGCGGGAAAUCCAGAAUUCAAAUUUUAUACCAGAAAUGAGCCCCGACCUGAUGUCAUUAGACUUUCAAUAGAAAAAUAAACUAUUCCCAAGGCCAAUACAAUUCUAUUCCGUCAACUUUUUCAGCAGUACACUCCCAGUUACAUGACCAUCAACGAGCACGACGUUAUCCUGACCCAUGUCCUGGAGCACAGUCAGAAGAAGUCACCGCCACCCGGAAUCCAUCGAUGGGAGUUCAAGUGGAGCCAGAUCAAAGCGUUUUCGGCGUCGAAACGGGAUGACCGAUCCAUGUACAUGUACGUGUAUGAGAACUCGGACGACUUCAACAUCACUUUCCCAUCGUCGGCGCAUUGCAAUGGGUAAGCGAGAGAAGAAUGGCAAUCCGGCCGGGCCGAAGUGGUUACCGGCCCUAGGCUUUUUCGAAUUUACUCAAUAUGUUUAACAACAAACACAUUCAUUCACAGAUAUAAGUUUACUACCAAAAUUGCAAAGAUUUUUUUCCGGCCUCUACAUAUCUCGGUGAGAUUACAUAUACAGAAUACACAUAACAAGGGAUUUUAAACAUUUUUACCGAAAAUCUCGGCCCAGCUCUCAAAAGUCUUCAUGCUCGGCCGGGCUGGCUCGAUUCUGACCUCUAAGAGAGAGUGUAAUCGCCGAGAUUAAAAGACUAGAGAUCAACUUUUCUUUACGCAAAUUUUUGGGAGAUCAAACCCAAUAAUAAUCUUAUCUUACUCUAGGGCGCUCAGCAAAAUGAGCGAGGCCGAAGAUGGUGGUGGAGGAAAAGUAUUGAAUGAUUGUGAAGCCGACAAUCAUAUCGAGGUAAGUCAGGUCUCAAAAUCGUACUACAACUUCCAUAAAUAUACGAUUGCACAUAUGAAACCCCUAUUUUUAGUUCGAAUACGAAGUCGACAACAAUACCGGGGAACGAGUUAUUCUAGGACGCGGCACCUACGGGGUUGUCUACGCCGCUCGAGACGUGACCACCCAACGAUCAAUCGUCGUCAAAGAAGUCGAAGUCAAGAACGAGGAGGAGGUUCAGCCGCUCAUGGAAGAGAUUCAGCUCCAUUCCACCCUAUCUCACGACAACAUCGUUCAGUAUUUGGGAUCGAAAGUUGAAAAACGCGAUCGUCGGAACGACGUGUUUUUAAUCUUCAUGGAACAGGUCCCGGGAGGAUCGUUAAGCUCGCUUCUGCGCAGCAAAUGGGGGCCGUUGGACUCGGAGCAGACCUUGGCCAUCUAUGCGCGACAAAUUUUGCAAGGAGUCAAAUACUUGCAUGAUCAGAAGAUUGUGCAUAGAGACAUCAAGGGAGAGAAUGUUUUGGUGAACACCUACAGUGGGCUCUGUAAAAUUUCGGAUUUCGGAACGUGCAAACGGCUGGCUGGACUGAAUCCCGCUACUGACACGUUCAAAGGCAAGUUUUUUACAAAGGAUAACCUUUUUCUGACCCUGCAACAGAAUGCCAAAAACGGCGGGAAAACACAAAAUUCAAAUUUCCGCGCCAGUGGAUGCUUAUAACUAUAUGGAAAAUCUUUAGGAACUCUCCAAUACAUGGCCCCUGAAGUCAUCGACCACGGACAGCGAGGCUACGGCGCUCCAGCUGACAUCUGGUCUUUCGGCUGUACGAUGAUUGAAAUGGCGACGGGAAAGCCGCCGUUCGUAGAACUCGGCCUUCCACAAGCUGCCAUGUUCAAAGUCGGGAUGUACAAGACUCAUCCGCCAAUCCCAGCACACUUGAGUGAGACUGCCACAAAGUUUAUCAAACGGUAAGACAAAUCUCAUAUUUUUCCCAAUUUUUGCCAUGGAUAAUAUAAAAAUAAAUCUCUUUAAAUUAACUAAUUUUGAUACUAAAACAAAUUUAAUAUCUAACAAUCGUAUUUCAGAUGCUUCGAGCCUGAUCCGAACAAGCGUGCGACCGCUGCGGAGCUUCUCCAAGACACCUUUUUAUUACAAUUUAUGCCUGCAACGUAAGUCGAUCCUAAUAAGAUUAAUCUCUUGGAGACGAGAGGCAUCUGGUUUAUUGGAAAUAGCUUAGGAAAGAUGUUUGAUCAGACGGAAAUAAAAUCUCUAAGCACGGAAACUAUUUCCGGAUUAAGCUAAUACCACCGAUAUUGUGUCAAAAUUUUUGUAAUCGCCAGUCAAUAAUUUUAGCAAAAACUAGAUCCUAGGACGAGCUUCACGCAAGAUUUGUCUUUUUUGCGGUUAUUUACCUCAAAAACGAAGCAGUUGUCUCUCAGAACACUAGGGUCAAGUGUUCCUUUCUUUCCAAAAUUAUCAAAAAAAUCAUAUACGAGUAGAACCAUAUGAUUUCUGACUAUAUUUAUUAUCUAAUCAAGACUAAAAGCGAAGAGUUUAAUAUAGAUAACGCCUUUCGUGUCUCAAAUAUAGUUUUAGAUAUUUUUUUUUGUUUUUCCCUUUUUUAACUGCCGAUAUUCGCUAAAGAAGUAAGGCAGAUUUGAACUUGGGAUAGAACGGAAUAACUUAUAAUCUCAUAUCUUUGCAGUAUUCACAAAGAAACCCCGAUUUUUUCAAAAAAAAUUAUAGCAUGACUAAAAUGUUUUUUAAUGCCUAAACAUCCUUGUGAAAUGGGCCGUUUUCAGAAACCUAACCUCGUAUUUUUCAGCCAGCGCAACGCGAGUACCAAGAAACGAGUGGAUGCGGGUCGCAACUUCCCCAGCAGUAAGUAGUCCCCGAUCAAGUGCAAAAUGUCCCCGUCUGCUUAUCUCUAUUCUUCUGUCCCUCCUGUCCGCCGUACUUUCCCCUCCCUCCUUUCUUUCGUUGUGGUGCUCUUUUCGACGUGCGAAAUUUUGCAGAGUUCCAUCGUUCGGCCUCCCAUAUGAGUGGGAUGAUCUACAACCCGAUGACGCUGAACCCGCGCAAGGAUUCGCAGCAGUCCCACUCCGAGUGCAAUGUGCCGAACAAGCUGGAGAUCCCCAAGGACGCGCCGAGAACGCAGACAUUGGGUAUGGGACCACUACAGAAAUAUUAUACUAGACCAAAGAAAAAGUCAAGUAUAAUAUAAAAAUCUAGAAAUUUCUUGCCGAAACUAAGAAACUUGAGGUGUAAGUAGCUGCUGUAGGGCAUGAAGUGCUACUAACAACCCAAUUUUACGCUAAUAUGACAAUUCCGGCAACAACUACUUUCAAGUGAAAAAUUUCAUUUUUAGUGUUUUACAGUGACGGACCACUUCACAAUUUCUCCUAAAAACACUUCAAUCACUAUUUUUUGGGCUUAAAAAUUCCUUACGAGGGCGCAAAAACAUGAAAUAUCACAGUAAAAAUUUGUAUUUUUUGUGUACCAGCACGAAAAUCCAAAACAUUUCAAAUUGACGUACGUUGUUGAACUUUCAAUUUUUCAAUACUUUCGAGAGAAUUUUCAAAAAGUCAGAGCUUUCGCCUCAAGGCGCUUAAUGUGCGAUUAGCCCGUUUUUCUUUAAAUGUUACUCGUUGGUUUGCCGAGAGCUGCCUUGAACCCCAUAAAACAAGGCCAAAUGUGUCCCAUUCAUAGCUAGAUAAGUGUUCCUCGUCGGUUCCCUGUACAACGAACGCAAAACAAAAAACAUUUUUUUCGGUCCCUCCCAUUCGUUGUACAGAAAUGCGAAUGUAAUGAAUAUAUUAUGCAUGGCAAUGUUAUUCAUCCCCCCUUUUCUUAUUUCUAAUGUCUUCUUUUCGCUUUCAGAAGUUGUGCAGCCCAAGAAGAACCGAAGCGAAAGUGAAUCACACAUUUUCGAACAUGUGAAUGAGGGUUUUUUGGCUACCACGACUGCGUCUUUGGCCAAUCCCUCAAACCAAAAGUCGUACACAACAACCGCGACGAGCAAAUUCCCGGCAAGCGGCAAAAUCGAGCGGCAGAACUUGAGGCUAAAAAUUGAACGACCACCAAUGCAAACGAAUGAAUGCUCACCAGGUAAGAAAUUUUAUACUAUGGUAAUAGGCAUGGUAUACUAUAACUAGCUAAAAUCGUAGCAAUAUUUCGCAGUGAACCGAACGUAUUAUGAAUUACCGUGACAUGAUGGGACCUUACAGACUUGAAAAUAAAAGCUUUAGCUGCGUUCACGCUUAGGCGACAUUUUAUACGAAAAAUUCUGAAAGUCAAAGUUUUUCGUAUAAAAUGUCGCCCAACUUGAUAAAGCCAAUACUGCUUUCUGAUUUUGAAUCAUGACUCCUUAGGAUGUUACCACCUUCAACGACAGCAAUUACACCGCUAUAAAACCCUUCAUUUCAGGCUCCUUCACAGCGCCGGUUCAGCACGAAUACGGCAAUAUCUUUGCCAACGCCCGAUGCUCACUUCAAAUCAACUCCUCUCUCCAAACCCAACACGAGAACGAAGAGAUCCGUCCGAAUCAGGUGCCAGCAUCGGCAUCACCCUCAUUUUGCACCGUUCAACCGCCCUUCUUCGAAACCACCGCUUCGGUUUCCCUUCCAGGCACAAACUUCCCAAAUUCCCAUCAAUUUAUGCAUUUGACGUCGGCUACGGGCAUGCAGAGUAAAUUGACAGGAAACAGCGUGGUCUCACAGCCGCCUAGGUAAGAGUUUUGCGCGUGGAAUUUUAUAUACUCUUCGAAAACUCGAAAUUUUGAUACUUCUAGAGUCUUCUCUACAAAAUAACCGUUAUUUUCAGUCCCCAUGCUCAUCACACGCCGCUGACAGCAAGUCCAUCACUCUGUGACACCUCGCCGUUCCUUCAACUCCCUCAAACUGGCCUCAGUAUUCCCGAAGAAAACUCUUUGGUAAAUCGUUUCUUUACCCUCCAAAAAGAUCAUGAACGUCGUUCCACGUUGGCCUCCAUGAUGAAGGACAACGAAGACGAGAUUCUGAUCAAAUGGAUGGAGCAUGUAGCUUCAGAAGUUCGCGAUGAUGAGCCGCUGAGGGUAAGCGUAAUUUGAAUAAAAAUUGGGCAGGCUUUCUCAAAUUUGCAUGCAAUUUUGACUAAUAAUCUCGACUUCAGCUCACCAAAGACACACUUCGUCAAAUCCUCACCGCCAUUCGCCUAUUCUUCGUUCCGUCCGACGAUGAAAACCUUCAAACCGCCCUGAGUCAGCUCCAAAAAACGCAUUCCGACUAUGACCGGCCGCAGUUCGCGAAACAACUCACGGACGCACUGUGCGUCUUCCCGCAGGCUGUUCAGCCGCUUCUCAAGAAUCAGGGCAUCAAACCCCAUUGGAUGUUUACUUUGGAUGAUCUGAUUCGAAGUGCAGUCCAGCAGGCGUUGAACUAUUUCAAGCCCGAAGGUCCGCACAACUACUGGCCAAUCGACGGAAGUCAGAUACAAGGACUCGAACAGAUGCAGAACCAGCCACAGAACUGCACAAUAAGCUCAGGUAAGACGGUCAUAAAAAAGGUUUGGAAAAUAUAUUACAGUGGGGGAACCUGAUCCAGUGGCAAAAAACGUACCAUUUUGCAUCCGGGAAAUAUCAAAAAUGUGACAAAAUGCUUCCUUCUCCACGUGAAAAAACUUUGUUUUGAAGGGUGCGCCCUUUUUCAUCACAAAAAGAGCAGGCGCGCUUUUCAAAUCUGAGUUUUUUCACUUGGAGAGGGAGGUAAUUUGCCACAUUUUUUGAUACUUCCUGGAUGCAAAAUGGUACGUUUUUUGCCACUGGAUCAGGUCCCCCAAUGUACUCAAAGUAUCAAGUGUAAUAUAAGUGAUAAAAAUCACAGGUUCAAGUCUAGAGUCAAUUUCUAUUACUUGCAACGGUUAUAAGAGACCAUAAGCAAGCUUUUUACUUCGUAAUUUUUAGUUUAACUUUAUAAAAAAACCCAUUUUACCUCGUUUUUUAAUUUCAGGUCACUGUCUAAGUCAGCACCAAGCUAUGGCUCGUUCCCAACAACUCAUCUCAUCCACUGUCAACACCCCAACCACAGACCUAGUCGAGCAACAGCGAUUCACCGACCUCUCGCAGCAGCACCGCCUCUAUUCCGAGAGUAUUCACAAGCUUUUGGAGGACCUAGUCCAAGUCGAACGGGAAUACCGCGACCUCUUGGCGCACAACGUCAAUGAAAAGCGGAGGUCGUUGGAAAGAUUGGCGUUGAGUAUGUCCGAAGUGGAUUCGGGGAUCCUGGCCGACGGCCGAUCGCCUCUGGAGAUGAAAAACGAAGCCGAUUUGUUUGCGGCAGCAAGCCCAGUCAUGGAUAAUAACAUCGACAAAGAGAAGCAGAAUGGCGAAGACGAGCUAACGGUUUGGCUGGCGGAGUUGGGAUGCGAUGCGGAGAGUAUUCAAAGGCUGAUCAAUCAGCACUACACUAAGCAAGACCUCAUCGAAUUUGUCAGCAGAGAAGAGCUAAUUCAGGCGGGAGUGCCGUAAGUUAUUACAAUAUUUGGAGCUUCAGAAACUCCGGGCCAAAAAAUAAUCACAAAUCAACGUAGACCGUAUUUUAUUUUUAGUUUAUAGCAGUUUGGAACCCUUUUCACAACCUUCCCUAAAACAGAAUGCCAAAAAUGGCGGGAAAACUAAAAUUUGAAUUUUCAAGUUGCCAAAUCCAUCAAAAUGACACAACUAGUAAUAAAUAAAUUUUAUUUUCAGCGGAGGAACCUCCUGUCGUAUUUGGCGAGCCAUUCUUCGCCGGCGUUUGGACCCAUCCCACAAAACCGAAGGUGAUCAUUUGGCCCGGAAAUGUGCCAGAUAUCGGUCCUAA